GCAGUCUGGGGGCGGGCAGGGGGGAUAGGCACAAUGACCAAGUGACGUGAGCUGCUGUCAAACAAGAACUGAACAGCACAGAACCACAGCAGACGGUGUCUGUGUUCAGGACAUUAAAAGGAAAAGGUUAUCACUGGAAUUACAAUCGCCUGCUCCAGCGGCUUCAAAGGUGUGGGAAGGCCGUCAACCUCCAGCACUUGGCUGCCUGGCUCGUUAUGCUCACUUUUUGGUCCACCCAUCAAAUCAAAGCUCAGGUGCCACCUUCUCCAGGAAGCCUUCCCCGACGAGAAGCCUUCUCCCGUGGCCCAGACACAGAACCCGAGUUCGACGCUUGUUUUAGGACAAUCCACAACACUCGUGCUUUUCCUCCGUAACUGCCCCGCCCCUAACCCUGGCGCAAAACGGGAGAGGCGCGGAAUAAACCCCGGUGUCGACCGACUGGGCUCUGAAACCCCUUGAGAGAGGCGCGGUAUCCGGCGGUGUGCCUGGAGGGUCCCUCCCACAGGGGGGACGCGGGUACAAAGGGGCCUGGCGACUGCGAGCGUCCAGGAUGGAAGAGCCUCUCGUGGUCCCCCGCGCGCUCCGGAUCGGUCCCCGGGGACCCGCGACCAUCGAGACGCACCGACCUCCCAGCGUCCUAGAGAGGAAGCGGAAAGGGCCCUUCCUUUACGCACCUGUCGGACAGAGUCCUUCGCCCACUUCCGGUCCGCCGCGGGCUCCGGCGAGCCCGGCGCAGGCUGAGCACACUGUCACAUCCUAGCCACCAGCCAGUCUAUGGGUUUUACCUCCAAAAUAUGUCUUGACUGUGCUUCUUUGCCAGCACCCUGAUCGAAACCCCUGUCAUCUCCUGCUUGGAUCACGAAGGGAGCGUGAAGAUGCUUAAAGAGCAUCCAGGGAUGGCGGAAGACCCUCAGCAGCAAAUGGGUGUUCCCGUGGUAAAACUGGAGAAAGAGUUGCCGUGGGGCAGGGCGAGGGAGGACCCCAGUCCUGAGACCUUCCGCCUGCGGUUUCGGCAGUUCCGCUACCAGGAAGCGGCUGGUCCCCAGGAAGCCCUGAGGGAACUCCAGGAGCUCUGUCGCCAGUGGCUGAGGCCUGAGCUGCACACCAAGGAGCAGAUCCUGGAGCUGCUGGUGCUGGAGCAGUUCCUGACCAUCCUGCCCCGGGAGUUCUACGCCUGGAUGCGGGAGCACGGCCCAGAGAGCGGCAAGGCCCUGGUGGCCAUGGUGGAGGACUUCACGGAGGGAGCGCUGGAGGCCAAGGCGGUUCCGUGCCAUGUGCAGGGGGAUCAGGAGGAGACGGCGCUUUGCAGAGGCCCUUGGGAACCAGGUGUCCACCUGGGGCCAGUGGAGGUCAAGCCCGAGUGGGGGAUGCCCCGUGGGGAAGGCGUUCAAGGCCUUGACCAAGGCACGGAGGAGCAGCUCAACCAGAACCCUGGAGAUGGGAUGCAGGCCUUCCAGGAGCAGGCUCUGCCAGGUGUUCAGGCUGGUCUGGGCCUCCCUGCAGUGAGCACCAGGGACCAGGAGAUGGCAGCGGGGUUCCUGACGGCCGGAUCCCAGGGGCUGGGCCCGUUCAAAGACAUGGCCCUGGCUUUUCCCGAGGAGGAGUGGAGGCACGUGACGCCAGCGCAGAUAGACUGCUUUGGGGAGUACGUGGAUUCCCAGGCCUGUGGGGUCUCACCUCCAGGCGUUGGGAGCGGGGAAAAGGAGCCCAAGACCCAGCUGGCCGACCUCAAGGGCGCCCUGGCUCGGGUGCCAUCAGAGCGGUUUGGGGAAGCCGCGCUCCAGAGCCCGGAGCUCGGAAGGACCUGCGAGCAGGAGGCCGGGAGCUCGGUGGGCAGCACGCUGGGGCCACCGCCUCCCCCCCACGGUGUCGCACCCCUGCCCCGUGACCUCAAGACCCCCAGCGCCUUCUGGAAGCCCUUCCAGUGCCCGGAGUGUGGAAAAGGCUUCAGUCGGAGCUCCAAUCUUGUCAGACACCAGCGGACGCACGAGGAGGAGAAGUCGUUCGGCUGCGUGGAGUGCGGGAAGGGCUUCACGCUGCGAGAGUACCUCACCAAGCACCAGCGCACCCACCUGGGGAAGCGGCCCUACGUGUGCGGCCAGUGCUGGAAGACCUUCAGCCAGCGCCACCACCUGGAGGUGCACCAGCGCAGCCACACCGGGGAGAAGCCCUACCAGUGCGGGGACUGCUGGAAGAGCUUCAGCCGCCGGCAGCACCUUCAGGUGCACCGGCGGACCCACACCGGCGAGAAGCCCUACACCUGCGAGUGCGGCAAGAGCUUCAGCCGCAACGCCAACCUGGCCGUGCACCGGCGCGCCCACACCGGCGAGAAGCCCUACGGCUGCCAGGUGUGCGGAAAGCGCUUCAGCAAGGGCGAGCGGCUGGUCAGGCACCAGCGGAUCCACACGGGCGAGAAGCCCUACUGCUGCCCCGCCUGCGGGCGCAGCUUCAACCAGCGGUCCAUCCUCAAUCGGCACCAGAAGACCCAGCACCGCCAGGAGACCCCGGGCCAGUGAGCCUGCCCCGCCGAGCCGGCCUCCUUGCCCCCCAGCGGGCCUGCAGCGGCCGAGGCCUUCCGGGGAGACCUGGCGGAGGGCUGGGGCGCGAGGACUGUUGCGCAGGGAGGCCCUCUGACCCCUUCUCCUUCCAUUUGUUCCCAGACGCAGAGGAAGGCGAGGCCUGGUUUGCCCGAGCUGCUGGGAGCACACGGAGUGCGGCGGCUGCGUCUCCCGCCUCCCACCCAGGGGCACCUGCACCUUCUCUUACCACCCUUGGGAAGCGGCCACACGGGGUUCGGUUCAGGUGGGGUUUCUCCCCUUCCGUGGGUGUUCGUGUCCACCUGCAGCAGCUUGGAGCUCACUUUUCUGAGGGCCCAGGCCUGGCACGAUCCUAGUUCAGGCUCUGUCUCCCUUCCUCCCCUCAAUUCUCUCUUCCAUUUCGCGAAUAUUUAUUGACUCUCCUCCGUGCGCCUGGUGCUGGGAGUGCAGUGAACGAGACGGGCGAGCCCUUGUUCCCCGGAGCCUGUGAUCCGGCGCUGGAAGCACCCCUGUUAGUAGCCCAGAGCCUCGGGGUGAGGGCGCGGGGACGUGAGGGGACGUCCUGCCCCGUCUCCCUUCCCAGUGGGGGUCGCUCAGGCAGUCUCCUUCAUUUAACUCUAUGUGUAGCCCCCCUGUGUGUCUAACCUUUGACCCUGCGGUUUCCCCAGUCUGUUUUUUCUUGUAUGAUAGAAGCUGUCCACACAUCUGUUAGGAAAUUAAUAUUUUGCUGUUAAUUACUGAAUAAACGUGAGAGUAUUUUAAAAUACCCAGUUCUGUAUGGAGAUGUCCUUAGAGGAGCCUGAAAGAUGAACGAGUAGUAAUAGCCUGUAUUUGAUGGCGCUUCACGGAGUAUAAAACCCUCAUCCCUGUUUGCUCGUUUGACUCAUUCCACAAGCAUUUAUUGAGGCCCGACAGUGCCGGGGACUCUUCUAGGUGCGUGGGGUACAUCGCUGAGUAAGACGGGGGAAGUCCUUGUCCUCGGGGAGCGUAUGAUUCAGUGAAUGUGUUUGAGCUUCAGGAGCCCCCAAGGGGGCACCUGGGGACGCUCCCAGCCAGGAGGCCUCUGGACCUGGGUCCGAGCCUGCGGCUCAGUCCUCUCAGCUUCUAGCCCUGACAUGCAUUCGCCACCACCUACCUCGUGUUCCUGAGUAACCUCUGUCCUUGGUGCAUCUCGAUCCUUGUCACCCCAGAGGCUCCUGGGGUCCUCGGGGCCACCUGGACAUGAGACGGUAGCAGGCUGUCUUGCCUGGGUGCCAAUUUAGGAAGGAGGUUUGCGGGCGUGCAAAAGAAGACGUUUUAAGAAAAUGAGAACACGCAGUAUUUGUGACUGUGUUUAAGCCCUCUUAUAUUAUUUUGCCGUCGUUAAAGGGUUUCCUUUCUCUCGGACCUUCUGGAAGCUGCAAAACUAGCCCGGACUGUGCUGCGAGGCUCGUCGUAAUGCUGUGCCUUCGGACGCUGGCCGCUGGUGAGGUGGUCUUCUGACGGGACUGUAAGUUAGUCUGUCUCUUGACUGUGUUGGUAGCUGCAAGAUGUGUCUCGUCUCAUGGUGCCCCUUAAUUUUCUCUCCCUGGGGUUCUCCCCCCAUUUUCCACGGUAAAUGAGAUACACAGUAACGAUGCCUCUAAUGCAGAGAGUUGCGUUCUUCUGUCCACUUUGAAGCACGCUACUCUAUCAGGCCUUUCUUGGCAGAUAAUCAUGGUGUUUACUUUGGAUUUAGCAAACGGCCCCCUGGCCCUUCUGUUGUCCCCACGAGGCGGCGCUAACCAGGGCGUUGGGAGCCGUCCACCCUGAGACGCUGGGCUGCAGCCACUUCUCAGCAGCGUCGAGGGUCAGAUGCAGCAUCAGCUCUUUCUCGCCUCACUCCCCAGACAAGCUGGGCCAGGCUUCCGGCCCCUUGGCAGCCAGACCCGGUGAAAGGCGUCUCCUUAGCCUCUAGCUUCUGGUCGGAAGGACGCGGGAGCUGACCUGAUCUGAGUUUGGCCUUUUCUUGGGGGGCUGUCGUCCAGAGCCAGGUGGAGCGUGAGGCCACCAGGGGCGAGGAGUUGCUCAUCAGUGGUCCUCUCUGGAUGCGCUGAUCACACACUGGCUUUUCAGCCCGUUAGGAUCCUCGCGGGGAGCUUCUGUGAGAGUCAGGCCUUGCUGUCUUUCCCACAUGGGCUCCCUUCUCUGCUGCGAGACUAAAGCUUAGGGACCGUUCCUCAAAAGAGCCCCAAAAGAAAAAUGUCCCCAUGGAAUUGUAGAAGCAUUAUUUUUGAUAUCUAUUUAAAUGUCAGAUAUUGUUUUCUGUAUUUUUCUAUUUAGAAAUAUUUUAUAACAAAAUUUCAAAACGUAUAAAUGAAUCUGCAUGUAUUCAUUAUUCAGCUUUAACCAUAAUGUUGUCACAGCCUGUCUUGUUUCAUCGCUACCUCAUCUUCCUUUUUAUUUUCUUCCCCAACCGAAGUAUGUUGAAGCAAAUCCCAGGUGGUGGUUACAGAGAUUUUAGUGUACACUUUUAAAUGGUAAGGGCUCUUAAAAAGAAAAAAUCAAAAUGUGGAGCUCAGCAGGUUAAGAACCCGACUAGAAUCGGUGAGGAUGCGGAUUCUGUCCCUGGCCUUGCUCUGUGGAUUAAGGAUCUGGUGUUGCUGCGAGCUGCCGCGUAGGUUGCAGAUGCGGCUUGGAUCUGGUGUUGCUGUGGUGAAGGCCGGCGGCUGCGGCUCUGAUUCGACUUCUAGCCGGGGACCUUCCGUAUGCUGCAGGUGUGGUCCUAAAAAGGAAAAAAAAAGCAAACAUCGAAACCACAGUACUGUAUGGUACCCCCCCAAAAAUUGAACAAUUUCUUAAUUCCCAAUGAAUGUUUGAAAAAAAAAAACCACCUAACUUUUAAAAAGCUUCUUUAAUGUCAAGGUGAGAUCCAUAUGUCAUAACUUGUCCUUUGUCUCCUAAUAGUCUAGAGUUUUUAUCUUUUUUCCCCCUUGAAGGUCAUUCACUGAAACAACGGGGUUAUUCAUCCUGUAGGGUUUCUCGUGUUGUGAAUUUUAUCGUGCGCACACUCAUGGCAUUCUUUAACACAGUUCUCCGAGGAACUCAACACUUCAGGUGUGAGGGCUGUAGCCAGACGGAUGUUUCAUGUUUUGGCAAGAACGCGUUAUGGACGGUGGCAUGUCCGCUUCUCCUGGUGAGAUGUCAGGAGGCUGAAUCCGCUCAUCUCAUUAAUUGUAUGGAAAUGCCUCGUUGGUGAGCGGGCAUGCUCUGUAAGAGGUUUCCUCUCGCUGUCAGCGCCAGGUCGCGGAGAAUGGAGGUGCUGGGUUUCUCCUUCCCUUGAUUUCCUCAUCUUUAAUGUUCUGGUUACUUCGCUGCCCACAGAAGUGAUCAGGCAGUGUUAUUUUUCAGUCAGAACAUGCGUUCCUGGUUUAAACCAGUCCACAGCGGUUACUCUUCUCAUUGAUGCUCAAAUCCUUUGGCUUUUGGCCGGUGGAGCCUCUUCAGAUUGGCUCCUGAUUCCUUAUGACAGAACCCUGAUCUUCUUCGGUAGCUUCUUUGCUCGCUGCUGUGACGGUGUGUUUGUUACAAGCUCCUCUGGUGCAUUUUCCGUCCCUUUUGGGAGUGAAAGGAAGGGCUGUUGAUUGCUUCAGGACAGUGGUGUGAACGGGGACUCCAGGCACCCAGGGCCACUUGGUCACUUUGUUUUUAGCCCUCACCGUGUGUGAUUGUGUGUGCAUGGUUUCCUCGCGCAGGGGUAACGUGCACACUCAGGGCCCGGCUGCGUGUCCCAUGCAGUUGGGACGGGGAGGAAGGCUGCCACUCCCCGGGGCUCUGACCUUUGUCAGAGAAACCCCUUUUUACUCCUGGCUGUGGCCAGAACUCAGGAGACUUUCCGCUCCAGGCCUGUCCUGGGCAGCUCAUGCAUUCAAAGAUUGCUUCUGAAAGUGUCUGCCAGGGUGAAUGCUGUCUGCAGGCUGAUGAAGUAUGCUCAGAGACUUCCAGUACCUGUUUUUAUCCCGUCCUGGGGAAGAGCAGAAGAACCUUUGUUUCUUAACAGAUAAGCUGGUUUCAAGCCCCGUCCCUCUCCCCACCGCAGCGCGAGCUGACGUUACUCACUGGGGCGGGCGGGGAAGGGCACCAGCCAAACCUGGUUCCUCAGGGUCUGCUUGCUCUUUCAUCUCUGCCCGAGUUUCCCAACUUCGGCACCGCUCUCACUUUGUGCCAGGGAAAUCUUUGUCUUGGAAGCUGUCCAGCUGUUUUGCAUGUUGUGGGCUGUGUAGCAGGAUCCUUGGCAUCCCAGAUGCCAGCUGCAACAAGCAGAAGUGUUUCCAGACCUCGCCAGUGUCCCCUGGGGGCAGCACUGAUCCAGGCCGAGGGCCCGUGCCCUUAGUGUUCACGCUAAGAGCUGAAGCAAAUUAGAUGGUUUAGCUGUUGAAUGAAAGGGCUGGGCUUCCAAGGAUGGGGGUUCCUGGCUGCUCACCCGGAAGAGCCCUGGCCUUGUAGAAAACAAAGGAUUUUUCCUAGAGAUCCCACGGGUUACGUGCAGUAACGCCAAGCAGAGCUGAGAGCUGUUGAAGCAGAAUCUCAGGACAGGCAGCCUCAGUGGCCCCCAUGCAGGGAGCCUGGCCACUCACUUUGGGUCCUAGCAGGCAGGCACCUGCCGAGAAGCCUCCGAGUCUGCAUGUGUGGAGUGGGGUCUUUUAAGCCCAGGCAGCCAGGUCCAGCUCUGUCUCUCUCCAUGAUAAGGUCUUGGGGAGCACAGGGGACAUCAUGCUUGAACUGAUGAAAGGCCUGGAUUUCUAUCUCUUCUCCAGCUGGAAGGCUGUCCCGAGGGGGCCUCAGGAGGGAAGACCGCCGUGGCAAGUUGCCCUGGUGGCCCCCGGUCUGACAGUCCUCGGCAGCUGCUGUCCCCUCAACUGCAGUUCCAUCAAAUUCACUUAGAAAUUCCACAAGUCGUGGGCAAAAGAAAAAUCAUAAAAUUAAAAAAAAAAAAAAAAAAGAAAUUCCACAGGUCACA